AGGGAAGGCGACACCAUGACGUCACAUCCACCCGCGGGAAAAUUCAGAAAGGGACGUUUGACUUCCUCGGAUCAAACAGACGCGAAGAAGAGGAAGAGGAGGAAGAGGAGCGACAGUUUACGUCUUAAUAACCACACGUGUGUGUGAGUGACAUCACAACAACCGAUACAACAAAAUGUCAAAGAAGAGAGGACUGAGUUUGGAGGAGAAGAGAACUCGCAUGAUGGAGAUUUUCUUUGAAGCGAAAGAUGUGUUUCAGCUGAAAGACAUUGAGAAGAUUGCCCCAAAGACAAAGGGCAUAUCUCCCAUGACUGUGAAGGAUGUGCUGCAGAGCUUGGUGGAUGACAACAUGGUGGACUGUGAAAGAGUGGGUACAUCCAACUACUACUGGGCCUUCCCCAGUAAGGCCUUAAAUGCUCGCAAGCACAAACUGGAGGAUCUGCAGAAACAGAUAUCUGAUGCAAAACAGAGAAAAGUGAAUCUGCAGAAAGUGUUUGAAAAGGCGAAAGUCGGACGUCAAGAUACAAAAGAGAGAAGCUCCCUGCUGAAGGAGCUGCAGGCUCUGAGAGAGGAGCGAACUCAGCUGAAGGCCGAGGUGGAGAAGUACAGAGAAUGUGACCCAGAAGUUGUCGAGGAGAUGAGGAAGUCAAAUGUCACAGCUAAAGAUGCUGUCUCCAGGUGGACAGAUAAUGUCUUUGCCAUCAAGUCGUGGACAAAGAAGAAGUUUGCCUUUGAUGACAGACGCAUCAAUAAAGCCUUCGGGAUCCCAGAGGACUUUGACUACAUGGACUGAUUUAUAUUCUGCUCGUGGACACAAGAAGAGGAAAAAUAAGAGUUUAAGCUUCAGCUUGAAGCCUCCGCACCUGGUCUCUAACGUCUGUUCUGUGCAUUAGAGUGAAAAUAAAGCUACCAGGAUUUAUAUUAAAGCCCGGGGGUGGGCUUUGAGUCAGGAUGGAUAACCGCGGGUUUGCUGCAACAGAUGGACUUUAUCAGCAGAUAUUUUGCUUUGGUGCAACCAGAGACUGAACCGUCCAUUAGUGGCUGUGAGGAGUGAGUGGGUUCUGAGCAGCCAGACGUUUGGGACACCUGUUUGCAUGAAAACUGAGAACUCCAAGUUGAUGAUGGAGAGGAAUCAACACUUAACACCAAUGUGUCACCAGUGAUCUAAUUUAUAUGGUUUUAGCAGAUGGUUUGGAAUCGAAUGCUUGUGCACUUUUUACGCCUUAUUUUCAUGUACUUGUCGAGGAGCUAAAAAAAACUGUUUAAACCAAAGCUAAUUCUGUUCAUUCAUAAGUGCACUGGGACUGAUGUGAGAAUUAAAUUACAGAAGAUUCGCUUAGGAUAUGUUUUGUCUACAAGUGCUGUAAAUAUUUACGUUUUUGCAGAACCACUUUUCUUGUGUUGCAAAUAAAACGUCCCUCUGAGUUUUACAAGACGUUUUUCUGCAGCUGUAUUCAUUCAAAUAGAUUUACAGCAGGCCUCCAAAUCGUUUGUAUUUUUUUUUACCUCUGUAAGAACAGAAAGGGAACCUUGUUGUCAUGAAAUAUCUAGAAUGACUCAACUUCUGCAUUUUCCACCCUUUUUUUCCCCUUCUGAACCAGAUGUAAAACAGGUAGUUGUGUGUUCUGUGUUUACUUAAUGACCUAGUUGUCACGUUCAGUUUUAUCUGUUUUGUUGAUUUAAAUUUCAAAUGUG